CCGUCACUUGUCAGGGUUAUCACAACGCGCAACUUCAACCCGAACAACUCGCGACAUAGACUGGAGAUAAGGCAACGGACAUUCCCAAAAUGCCACCACAUUCUGGAGGCAAGUCGACAUAUGUUGAUGGCUUCCCCUCACUUGCUGCCUUCAUGGCCAGCGACAGGGACAAGACAACCAAGAUUUUUAAACGAUUUGACCGCCUUGCAGCCAGGAACUUGCUUUGUCUGCAGAGCGAGCUUGUCGAGAUAGAGUCGCAACUCGACCAGUUCGACCGAGACGACCAAGGGAACCGCGAAAUGAUGCAGACUUUGAGGAAUUGGGGGGCGUACAAAACGAGAUGCGCAAAUGAACCCAAGAGGAUGCAAUUAAUGGCGCGGUUGAGAAGUACCAUGCGCGAGUACAGAGAAGCGCUGGUCUUUGAGAGCACCCUCGCCCGCAUACAGCCACCAGAUCGCAAAACACUCAAAGCCUUUCGCCGCAAUUUCUUUCAUGGCCGCCCCGGCGAGACACGAUCCUUCCCAAUGCUGGGAGGUCCCAGCUCCAGUGUCUAUGACGAUGAAGACGACCUUCUUGCUCUCCACGGCACCGAAGAUCCUGAUCGACUGACCGUCUUUGUUAGGGACAACUUUGGGUUUCUGUUCCCGGAUAAAGCACCCACUGGGGGAUCCGAGAACCCCCUCGUGGGCUAUGCAUCAGGCAAGAAGAUUGCCAACUUCAUCUCGUACCUGAGCACGAUUCUCGCUGCCAUGUUAUUAGUCGGAGCGAUUCUUGCUCUGUACAAUAUCAAAUCGGAUAACCUAAAACUUGGCCUUAUCGGGCUCUUCACCUUCCUUUUCGCCGCAAGUACCGGCUUGAUGACGAAUGCAAAGAGGUCAGAGGUGUUUGCUUCGACGGCAGCGUACGCCGCUGUUUUGGUGGUUUUUGUUAGCGGCGACCUCGGCGGGUCGGGAUCGGGACAGGAAGCUCACGGGGUCUGCUCACCAGGGACCAAUGGUACAUGUCAGUAGACUGGCUGAGGGGGGUGAUCCACUCGCUGUCUCGCAGCGUCAUCGAGCAGGAAAGGUGAUGCUCAACGAUGAGCUGAAUGACCAGUUUACCUUCUGUGAGUGCCCAACAGAGAGUGAAUGGCCCUCUUACCUAACGCCGCUGGUGCAUGCGGCGGGGAGUAAUUCCGCGGUUAAAUGCUGCUUUACACCACUCUGUUGUACAGCACCAUCGGGGGCACAUGAGCGGUGGUGGGUUCACCUUUCAAGCCUAUCUCGAGCCUCGCAUUCAGACUCUCACCAUGAAGAUCUUCUCCCCAACCAAGUCUGAGGUGCCGACCAAACAGAAAGGGAAG